AUGGCCCCCACCCAUCAGCAGGAAGAAAUAGAGGGGCGGUCAUAUAAAGAGUAUGCAUACAGCCCUGUACCAGUGAGUUCCUCUUCGGCAGUGUACGAACCAACCACCAACACUACUACAGAUACAAUAAUAACAACAAUAACAACCCUUGAUAAAGAAACAUUCGUUGAAAAUAAUCAAAAUAAAGCAGACGAGUGCAAAUUAUCAGCCACUUUUGGAAAGGUUAAGGGCAAGUGCAGUGCUGCCGAAGAAAUGGCUGAGAAAGGAUCUACUUUAUUGCAAUACGUUGCAGCUGCUGCAGCGAAUUUAAGCAUAAUGGCGACAGGUGCAAUGUUAGGCUGGACCAGUCCAAUAUUGGGAAGACUGAAAAAAGGAGAAAAUACACCUUUGGAUCGUCCAAUUACGGAAAACGAAGGAUCAUGGGUAGGAUCUUUAGUAGCUCUUGGUGCUGCAGUUGGAAGUUUCUUAGCAGGAUAUUCUGCUGAAAGAUUUGGCCGAAAGUACAGUCUAUUAUUUUGCAUUGUACCUUUUACCAUUGGUUGGGUACUGAUAGCUACAGCAACCACUGUUGUUCAAUUGUACAUAGCUCGAUUUAUAUUUGGUAUUGCCUUGUCCUUCGCAUUUACGGUCGUGCCUAUGUACGUGGGAGAGAUCGCAGAGACGUCAAUUAGAGGAGCAUUAGGAUCUUUUCUACAAUUGUUCAUCACUUUUGGAUUGUUUUAUUCAUACGUAAUUGGUCCAUUCGUAUCUUACGUGGUAUUCUGGAUCCUAUGUGCCUGUUUACCAGUAAUAUUUUUCGUUGUCUUCAUGCUGAUGCCAGAAUCACCUUAUUAUUUGAUAUCAAAAGGUAAAAAGGAAGAAGCUAUUGCCGCAUUGGUCAGAUUACGAAGCACGAGUGAAUCUGCAGUACAAAGUGUGGCAAACGAUAUGCAGGCUGCCUAUGAAGAAUCGAUACAAACGCAGACGAAAUUUUCCGAUCUUUUUACCGUAAAAGCAAAUUUGAAAGCACUUAUAUUCACGGUAUUAUUGGCCUCCUUUCAACAAUUGACCGGUAUAAACGUUGUCCUAUUUUACAUGGGUGACAUAUUUGCUGCCGCUAAAAGUUCAUUGGAUCCAGAUAUUGCUACGAUUAUUGUCGGUGCUGUACAAAUUGCUGCAUCAUUUGUCACCCCGUUCAUCGUUGACAGACUUGGAAGAAAAUUACUUCUGAUAACUUCCGGUAUCGGUGAAAUAGUUACUUUGGGUGCGUUGGGUCUUUACUUUUAUCUACAAAAAUACGAAGACGAAGAAAUGGUAGAUUCGAUAGCAAUGCUACCCGUUAUAUCAUUGGUAAUAUUCAUAACAACUUAUUGCAUCGGUUGGGGACCAUUACCGUGGGCAGUUAUGGGUGAGAUGUUUGCGCCGGAUGUUAAAUCCAAAGCUUCCGGUAUAACCGUAUCUAUGUGUUGGUUAUUGGCAUUUUUCAUAACGAAAUUUGCAAGUGACAUUACCGAAGCAUUUGGAAAUCACACGACUUAUUGGAUGUUCGGUGCGUUUUGUUUAUUGAGUGUCCUAUUCACGAUAUUCCUAUUACCUGAAACCAAAGGUAAAUCUUUGGAAGAAAUUCAGGAUGAAUUGAGCGGCAUCAAACCUAUCAAACCCGAAUUCACCAAUUACGAAUUGCCGAGCAAACAAUGAAAUGAUCGAUCGAUCGAUCGAUCGAGGGUCCACAGUUGAUUAGUUUUUAUCAAGGACGUUCACUAUCCUUUGAAAAACUUUUACGGGUCCAUUUAAAGCACAAAUAAAUACAAACAAAA